AUGGAGCAAGAAGACCAGAACCUCUGGUAUUCCUUUUCAUCCGACCUCAACUCCUCUACAGCCUCACCUAUCCUCUUUUCGCAUCCUCGCCUCUUCAACGUCUCCUCCAACCUGUCCACUCAGAGUGUCCCCUUUCAGGGCAGCAGCACUCUGAUGACAGCAGUCAUUUCCCUCACAGUCUUUAUGGUGGGUCUGACCGGCAACACUCUGGCCAUUUAUGUGGUGCUGCGCUAUGCCAAAAUGAAAACAGUCACCAAUAUCUACAUCCUGAACCUGGCUGUGGCCGAUGAGCUCUACAUCGUCGGGCUCCCCUUCCUCACCACACAGAAUGUACUCUCCUACUGGCCCUUUGGCUCCUUCCUGUGCCGCGUGGUUAUGACUGCAGACUCCAUGAACCAGUUUACGUCUAUCUUCUGUCUCACAGUAAUGUCCAUCGACCGUUACCUGGCUGUGGUUCAUCCAAUCCGCAGCACCAAGUGGAGACACCCCCGCGUGGCGAAGGUGGUGAGCGCAGCGGUUUGGGCCGUUUCCUUUGUGGUGGUCCUUCCAGUGGUCAUCUUCUCUGACGUGCAGGAUACAUUUAACUCCUGCAACAUGAUCUGGCCAGAGCCAAAGGACGUGUGGUCAACAGCCUUCAUUCUCUACACUGCUACAGUGGGCUUCUUUGGACCGCUGCUCAUCAUUUGCCUCUGUUACCUUCUUAUUGUCAUCAAGGUGAAGUCCUCUGGGGCGCGCGUUGGGUUCUCUAAACGCCGACGUUCAGAGCGCAAAGUGACACGGAUGGUGGUGGUGAUUGUGGUGGUGUUUGUGCUCUGCUGGCUGCCGUUCUUCAUCAUCAAUAUGGUCAAUCUGGUGGUCAUCAUCCCAGAGUCCAGCGCCACUGCUGGCAUCUACUUCUUUGCAGUCAUCCUGUCUUAUGCCAACUCCUGUGCCAACCCGUUUCUCUACGGCUUCCUAUCAGACAACUUCAAACAGAGUUUCAGAAAAGUGCUGUGUGUGAGGACUAUGAGGUGCGCCGCCAAUGGUGUAGAUGACGGUGACCCCAGUGCCCCGCGCACAGAGAAAACCACAGCACAAGACUGCAUCCUGCUGUCCCCACGUAACCAGGCCUAUCAUGAUCCUCAGAGCAGCCAGAUCUCACCUCACCCUCCGGGCUCACCAACUCACACUGCAGCAGACUUGCACCGCUCCACCCCUACAUGUAAGUUUCAAUCCGCUUGCCCAGGAAUGGGACCGACCGCAACUGCAGCAGCCUCAAUGCUAAGCUCUGCCAUAACUGCAGCUGACCCUCCCACAAUCACUGCCCUGACCACCAACUCUUCCUCUGCUUGA